UCACAACUUCGUUUUUGUAAUACGAGCAGGACGGGGGUCUAUUGUAAACUAAAUGUAUAGUGGGAGUCUAUAAGAGUAUGCGUGUUUGUGCCCCCACCCUGAAUGUACUUGUGUGCAUUUGUGGGCACGGGCAAAGCGCACGUCUGUGGCAGGAUGUGGAGACGCACUACCGUACACGGCCAGGGUGAGACGCCAUGCUAGAGAGCUAAUGCUUCCGUGCGAAAAGCAGUUGUGUAGGUCAGUUACUAAGACGUGGCAAGCGCACACCCAGCCAGCAGUAAAAUGGCAGUCGAAAGUGUAUAAAAAAUUGUUUAUUAGCUAGGUAGAAAAGUGUUCCAUGUAAGUCAAGAUCAGACGGAGCAGUCCGAGACGCUACGCAGUUUCUCUUUAGCACAAAGUGAUUCAGUCAGCAGCAAUCUCAGGAAGUGCGUCCUAGGACCUCAAAUACUGCGCGGUCGUUAGAAGUGGAAAAUAUCUUUCUCGUUUGUUUGAAGUAAUGCUCCAUUUAUUUCAGUUGCUUUGUGGAUGCUUUUAAGCUACGUUUGUUCGGUUUUCGUCUUGUGGAAGUGUAUCAUACUAUUCGGAAAUGUGUGCAGCGGUAAAUGGAGUGGACCCUAAACCAGAAACACCUAAACAGAAUGGGCCGAGCUCGAAUCCGUACACCCUGAACUCUAAAACGGACUCACUUGCUGAUCUGGAACCGGACAGCGAGCCUCCUUCUUCGGUAGAAGAUGCCAAAAACACGGGAAUUAAAUUCGCGAAGACGUUCCUUUUGGUUCUCCCUAUUUAUGUGUUGGGUUAUUUCGAGUUCAGUUUCAGUUGGAUCCUCGUUGGACUGGCUGUGUUGUUUUGGCUUAAACGGAACCAGGGAACGAGGUUUCAGCAAGUGAACCGUGCUCUGGCGUUUUUCGAGCACGAAGAGAAAGAAAUACGACAAACUUUGCCAACUUCAGAGCUACCGCCGUGGGUUCAUUUUCCUGAUGUUGAAAGAGUGGAAUGGCUCAAUAAGACAGUUCUGCAGAUGUGGCCAUAUAUUUGUCAGUUUGUGGAUAAACUCUUCCGUGACACCAUCGAGCCAGCUGUCAAAGGAGCGAAUGCACACCUCAGCUCUUUCUGCUUCUCCAAGAUAGACAUGGGGGAUAAGCCUCUGAGAAUCAAUGGAGUGAAGGUCUACACAGAGAAUGUUGACAAACGACAGAUUAUAAUGGACCUGCAAAUCAGCUUUGUUGGGAACACAGAGAUCGAUGUGGAAAUUAGGAAAUACUACUGCAAAGCAGGAAUCAAGAGCAUACAGCUACAUGGAGUGUUAAGAGUGAUCAUGGAGCCAUUGCUAGGAAACAUGCCUCUGAUUGGAGCACUAUCUGUUUUCUUCCUCAAAAAGCCUAUGUUGGAUAUUAACUGGACCGGUCUGACCAACAUACUGGACAUUCCAGGACUAAAUGAUCUGAGUGAUGGAAUAAUUGAGGACAUUAUCUGCAGUUACCUUGUGCUGCCCAACAGAAUCACCAUUCCACUGGUUGGAAAUGAAGAAAUCCUGGCCCAACUACGCUUUCCUGUGCCUAUGGGUGUUUUGAGAGUGCAUUUCCUGGAGGCUCAAGACCUUAUAGCUAAGGACACAUAUCUGGGCGGUCUGAUCAAAGGAAAGUCUGAUCCAUAUGGAGUCAUUAAGAUCGGCAAUCAGCUCUUCCACAGCAAAGUCAUCAAGGAUUGCCUGAACCCCAAAUGGAAUGAAGUGUUUGAGGGUCUGGUGUAUGAUCAGCCAGAGCAAAAUCUGCAAAUUGAGCUAUAUGAUGAAGACCCUGAUGAAGAUGACUUCCUGGGCAGGCUUGUCAUUGAUCUGAAGGAAAUGCAGAAAGAGCAGAAAGUUGAUGAGUGGUUUGUACUGGAUGAGGUGACAUCUGGGAAACUGCACCUGAAGAUGGAGUGGCUAACUCUUCUUUCUACACCUGAUAAAAUUGACCAGGUGUUGUGCAAUAUUAGGGCAGACAGAGGGCAAGCUAAUGAUGGACUCUCCUCAGCCCUACUGCUUGUAAACCUAGACUCUGCCAAGAACCUGCCUAGUGUGUUUGAGGGUGACUUGGGCAGCGGUUGUCUGAAGGAGCGCCGCUCUGCUGGACUCGUGUUCUGCGAGAACACUGCAACACUCUACCGAACUCUGUUUCGCAAUCCAUUAGAAUUCAACCAUGCAGGUCUGAAGGAGUCCUCAAUUGAUAAAGCACUAAAGUCUGCAAAAAAGGUCAGCAGUGACCCCAGUCCUUUGGUCCAGUUUAGAGUUGGCUCCAAGACAGCUGAGAGCAAGAUACGCUAUAAAACCAAUGAACCUGUCUGGGAGGAGACCUUUGUGUUUCAUGUACAUAACCCAAAAACUCAGGAACUGGAAGUGGAGGUAAAAGAUGAGAAACACGAGUGCUCACUGGGAACUCUGACUGUCCCUCUGACCGAACUGCUGGAGGCUGAGAAUAUGAGCCUCAGUCAGAGAUUCCCGUUAAAGAGUGCAGGACCCAGCGCUACACUCAAAAUGAAGUUGGUACUAAAGGUUCUUAGUUUAGAGAAGUCAUUGGCGUCAGACCACCUGUCCUCACUGCAGGUUCGCAAUCAGGCAGCCAACGCCAUUCCAAAUGCAUCAAAUUCCAACCUCCCCCAAAAAACGUCAAAUUCCAAGAACACCCCCAAACCCUCGAAUUCUGCUGUCAGCCCUAAGCCUCCUUCCCAGCUUCCCAGCUCUAUUCCAGAGCCUGCCCAGCCCAUCCCUGAACGCACACCAUUACUGGAACCAAAGUUGAACAGCACACAAGUGGAGGACUCACCUGUCUGUCUAGCACACAUUGGAAGGAGCUCAUCUAACUUGGCAAUAUCAGGUUCUCAGUUGCACCUCAAUAGCAAAGAGCCAACGCCCAGCAUCGCCUCAGACAUCUCUAAUCCUUACGCUGCCCAGGAGCUACAGCACAGGUUGCAAGAGCUGCACAAUGGUUCCUCUACCAGUUAUUAUCCCUUGGGUGAGGUUCAGUUGACAGUCCGACAUAGUCUCCAGCGGAACAAACUCAUAGUGGUAGUUCACAGCUGCAGGAAUCUGAUAGCAUUUUCAGACAGUGGCUCUGACCCAUACGUGCGUCUAUAUCUGCUCCCUGACAAGCGGCGUUCUGGGCGUAGAAAAACUAGCACAGUGAAGAAAACCCUCAACCCGGUCUAUGACCAAACAUUUGAGUUCAGCGUGUCACUGGUAGAGUUGCAUAAGAGGACUCUGGACAUAGCAGUGAAGAACGGAGGAGGAAUUUUGUCCAAGCACAAAGGUCUUCUGGGCAAGGUGUUGGUGGAUUUGUCAUCAGUGGACAUAUCAAAGAGUGUUACCCAGUGGUAUGAACUGAGUGAGGAUGGAGUAACGAAACCCUCUUUUGUUUAAUCAGAAGACUCACACAUCCAGCCUCCAUGGACUCUCUGCACAUGGACUACCUUAUAGAAUUGUUUUUAGCUGAUAUAUAUAUUAUAUAAUAUACACAUACACACACUGUUUUUAUGAACAUAUUUUUAUGAUGCUGAAUUACAGACAAAGGAUAUCUUCAGAUUAUCUGAGGUUAUUAUCUGUGCAAUACAAAAAAAGUAUGUGUAUUUGUGUCUGAGAGUGAAUAAUAUAAGAAUGUUUGUUGAAAUAAAUUUUGAAAAUAAAUAUAUUAAAAUAAACCAAAUGCACAUCUAAAAUGGCAGAGAAAUGCCAACAGUCACAGCUGUCUGUCUGCAAGAAGAAAUACAUGUUUUAUCCAUACAUAUACCUUUCUGACAGAUGGUGUGUUCCUUUUCACCAAUAUCAUGUUACUCAUGGUCCUCUAUAUCUACAAUAUAACAAAAUACUAAUCAUGUUAAGCAGACAUAUUAUCCUUAGUGUUGUACAUCCAUGUAUCAUUCCAAACACACACUAGGAACAUGCAAUGUACUGUUCACAUGCAAGAUAUUUAAUGAAAUGUAUAUAAACAUCAAAGCCUACUCUUCCUCCCCUCUUGUCUCCUAGAUGUGUGGGUUCUACUCUCCACUUAGGGUGGCUGUCUGCUAUUUUCCAUUUUGUUUUUGUCUUUAUAAAUAAGAAGUUUGAUUAUUAGAAUAAUUACAUAGAUUGAGAUUAGAACAAAGUGCUAUUGAAAUACUCCUGUGGGGCAAGCUUGCUUGUGCAAAGUGUGUGUGUGUGUGUGUGUGUGUGUGUGUGUGUGUGUGUGUGUGUGUGUGUGUGUGUGUGUGUGUGUGUGUGUGCCUGUGCCUGUGCCUGUGCCUGUGCCUUACUCUGGUUAGGUGUAUCAGAUGAGCUUGUAAAGCCAAUAAAUUAUUGCAACAAGCAAAAGAAAACUACUGUCAGCAUUGAAUGAUGUUAGAUUAUUUUGUAUGCGGCAGCCACAUAAUUAAAUAAAAAGCACUGAACCAUACCAGUCA